AUUUCAAUUUCAUUAUAAGUCGAUUUUUCGGAAAAAAGGAAUUCUUGCAGUUUUAGAAAUUCAUGUGAUACUUAUGGCUGAAGUCAGUACACCACAGUCCUCAAAUGAUGAAAGUCUUAAGGAGAUGUUCGACAGUGCUAUGAAAAUGUUUAAUGACAUAGAAAAUGGCAAAGAAGCUACCAACAGUGAUCCGGUUCAGAUGACAAUUAAAUCUGCAAUAGGCAAAUUUGAGAAGACAACAAACCGUGUCUCGCUAUUGGAAAUGUUCAGUAAGAAUGAGAGUUUUGAGGAGUUGCCGACAGACAGCCUGCAAUAUUUGCUGUUGCCUGCACUGCUCGGAACCUUGACAUUGAAGUUAUGUGGCAGACACAGGAAGGACAUUAUAGAUGUAGCUGAAGUCUAUUUCAAAGAUUUCUUAACAAGAUGCAGAGAUUACGGCCUCACAGAUGUGAUGGUGUCGUCCAGUGAAAAUGAAACACAAACAAUAACAACACGACCACAGAGUGAAAUCGCUAAAAUUACCAAUAUGGUUCAAUCAAGAGAAGCAAAGAUCAAGAGAUACAAGGAGGCUAAAGAGCUAAAAGAUAAAUUAACAAACCUGUCCAAAGCGAUGUCACUAGCUGGUGUAGAUGAAGAGACGAAGCGGGAGUAUGCUAAGACAAUGUUACUGCAUUACAUCAAUCAGGCGGUGGAUGAACUUGCCAGCAUUGAACAGGAAAAACCUAUCUUAGAAUAUAUGGCGAAACAUAGCGGAGAACCGAAGUCAAGGCAGAAGGAGCGGUCAGUUCCGCUGAAACCAGUUAUAAUAACCCGAGAUGCGAUACAAAAGGCUGUGUUCGGAGCCGGCUAUCCUUCCCUGCCUACUAUGACUGUUGAGGAGUUCUAUGAUAAACGAGUUAAAGAGGGAACAUUCCCCGGACCAAAUAUACCUCAUACUAAGAUACAAUCUGCGGACACUGAUCAAGAUGAGGCAGAACAAAUACACAAGGAGCGUCUAAUUGAGGAAGAUGAUCCUGAGGAGUUGGAGCGGCAACGCAACAUGGACGAAUAUAAAGACGACCACCGCCGUGGUUGGGGUAACAGACACAACAGGAGUUAGUUACAACGCCAUCUAGCGUCUGACUUGUUAAAACAUCCAGAAUAGCAGACGACAUAAACUACGCCAUCUAGUGACUGAGAUUUACAAUACAAUUUUUAAAAAGAGUGAUCGCCUUAAAAAUGUACUGGUUUUUUUAUUGAUCAAC